GUUCACUCGCAUAUAUUAGGCGAUUCAGUCUUUCAUUCUCGCUGUAGAAAAGAGGAAAACGCAGAAGUAGUAGGAAAUGAGGCGCGUGGAGUCCGAGUCAGGAGUCCACCGCAGCGGGAGAGAGAGACGCGCUUUUAAAACGCCAACUCCGAUAUUUGUACGAGUCGACGUCGUUGCGAUCGGGCGCUGUGCUCUUGAUCGCGGACGGGUGUCUUGGUGUCUUUUGUGCGCCUAAGCGCUCCAGACGAGCCCAGAAGACGUGCGUGCAGCACGAGCGCAGCGGUGGUCUCGAGGAGGGGGCUUCCUCAAACCCCGUUUAUUCGUGACCUCACCGGGAGGGAAAUGGAAAGUGAUCGUAUGGAUCAAUUACAGGCUUUUAGCCGUGCUGUCCGUCAUAAUUCAUGACUCUGGAGCGGGAGAAAGAGCGGGACACUGUGUGCCAAAGAGAGGGGGGUGGGGGGUGUGGCGGCAGAGUUUGAUGGAGUUGGGCGCGCUCCUGCAGCACGCGAUCCGCCCUCGCGCCUGACACGGACACAAACAAAGGUGUGAUUAUUAUUUUUUUUCGUCCCCCCUCUUCGCGGACUUGCGGGAAGCUGCAUCAUGUUCGACUGCGUGGACGUGCUUGCUGUGGGCCCGGGUCAGAUGCUGGAGCUGUACUCGCCGAGCGCGUCCUCGUGCAUGCUGCAGGAGAAGGCUCUGAAGGCGUGCAUCGGCCGGCUGGCGCACGCGGACUGGCAGCAGCGCCGCAGCGCACACUCCAUCGAAACGCAAAGCACCAGUUCAGAGGAGCUGGUCCCCAGCCCUCCAUCACCGUUGCCCCCGCCCCGCAUCUACAAACCCUGUUUUGUGUGCCAGGACAAGUCCUCGGGGUACCACUAUGGGGUCAGCGCAUGUGAGGGAUGCAAGGGCUUCUUCCGUAGGAGCAUCCAGAAGAACAUGGUCUAUACAUGCCACCGAGACAAGAGCUGCAUCAUCAACAAGGUCACGAGGAACCGCUGCCAGUACUGCCGCCUACAGAAGUGCUUCGCUGUGGGCAUGUCCAAGGAGUCGGUCCGGAAUGACCGCAACAAAAAGAAGAAGGAGAGCCCAAAGGCGGAGUUCACCGAGAGCUACGAGCUGACAGCGGAGCUGGAGGCCAUUGUGGAGAAGAUCCGCAAGGCUCACCAAGAGACCUUCCCAUCACUCUGCCAGUUGGGCAAGUACACUACGAACUCGAGUGCAGACCACCGCGUGCGGCUUGACCUGGGCCUGUGGGACAAAUUCAGCGAGCUGGCCACCAAGUGCAUUAUCAAGAUUGUGGAGUUUGCAAAACGAGUGCCUGGUUUCACAGGGCUGACCAUCGCUGACCAGAUCACCCUGCUGAAAGCUGCCUGCCUGGACAUUCUGAUCCUUCGCAUCUGUACGAGGUACACCCCCGACCAGGACACCAUGACCUUCUCAGACGGCCUGACGCUGAACCGCACGCAGAUGCACAACGCCGGCUUCGGUCCACUCACCGACCUGGUGUUCACCUUCGCAAACCAGCUGCUCCCCAUCGAGAUGGAUGACACAGAGACCGGCCUCCUCAGCGCCAUCUGCCUCAUUUCUGGAGACCGCCAGGACCUUGAGGAACCCUCAAAGGUGGACCAGCUGCAGGAGCCCUUACUGGAAGCGCUCAAGAUCUACGUACGCAAGCGCCGGCCGAGCAAGCCGCACAUGUUCCCCAAGACCCUGAUGAAGAUCACGGAUCUGCGAAGCAUCAGUGCCAAAGGUGCAGAGCGUGUCAUCUCCCUGAAGAUGGAGAUCCCGGGCUCCAUGCCCCCACUCAUCCAGGAGAUGCUGGAGAACUCGGAGGGACAGGAAGGGCAGGGCAGCUCCGAGGACGGUGGCCCGGGCAAGGCCAGCGGCGCCAAGCCUGCUGCCAUGUCGCUGACCCCAUCCCCAGGGCCCGAGGACGGCCCCAGCGCCGCACCCGCCCAGGAGCAGUAGGAAACCUCUAGCAGAGGCGGACCCCCGUGGGCGGACUCUCGGACAUCGUUUUGCACAGAACAGGUUGGCAAGCGAAGGGCGCACCCAGAAGUAACCCACCCUCUCGCUUUCGCUGUUUGUUUCCCUCCUUAAAGUACACCGACGGCCUCAAAGGACCGACUCGCUCAUGUUGAACUCUUGCUGAGCUUCGGCGGCACGUCCCCACGGGGGGACCGGACUGUGUUCAUGUGCCGUCGCGCUCGCCACAUGCCCACACAGGAGGUGAAACUGCUCAGGUUACUUGUGUAAAUUCAUAGCUGCAUGACGGGCUCAGUUUGGUAAGUGGUUUAAUUCUCUCUUACUGUCAGCGUACAUUGUACAUACCAUCGUAUGGUCGAGCCGCUGUUCCUAUUAAUUUCGUGGUGCUUUCUCAUUGUCUUAAUGAAGAUUUUUAAGGCAAGGUAUACAGCAAGAUAAAAACCUUACUUAUCAGAGUCCUUUAAAACAGAAUGUUCUCAUAGUUAGUGUG